GUUCUUUUCUGUUUGUUUGUGGUCGCCAUUUACUUCAAUUGUAUUGGAUUUGGCUGCAACACUGUUCAUUUCCUGAACCAAAAUUCUUUAGUGGACCCGCCCCUCCAUCUGCAUAGUGGCCAGUAGAUGAUGAGUGAAUUACAAUUAUGGGUGAACUAUCCCUUUUAAGUGAAGAGUCAAUAAAUCCUGGAAAAGGUGCUGUUUUUCAGAAAGAGUUAAGAAGUUCCUCAGAGGAUGAAUAUUAAUGCUUUUGGUGACUUUUUAAAUGUUUUCCCCUAGUAUGAGGUAAAAAUUCCACUCUGACCAACACUGAUUUAAAACCACUUGCCAUCUGCUUCCACUGUUUGUAUAUGUUUUGCUGUCAAUGCCAGAUUCUGAGGAACAAAACAACACUAUAAACUCAUCGUCUGUGAGAUGAUGAUGAUGAUGAUGAUGAUGAUGAUGAUGCCACCACCAUUGUCUUUCACACUAAACCCUAAGUUUGUUAACCCUCAUUACUCUCUUCCUUCUAUUCUGUCUCUUCACGUUUGCACCACAGCGACUUAAAGAUAAGAAGAGGCUGAUUUCCCUUUUUAAAAACAGGAUAAAUCCUAUUGGAAGAGGUCUGGGGUUAAAGGUCGUCUAAGCCUGCGACUCUGCUGUCAUAUUUAUAUACAUACUUAGAGGAUUUCAGCUUCUCAGCUCCGACGCCUCGGCUGCUGAACCUGCGCACAUUCACUGCUGUGUAUAUUUCUGGGAUGGCAGAGAUCUGUGUUUGGGACUUCUUGAGAACAGCUGCGAGCCAGAUUAUUAAAAAAAGUUCUCGAACUUGUCUGCAGCUGCCAGAUCAGCACUUUGUUUCUUUUAUACUGCAGUGGAAUUAGUGAUUGUUUUACAGCACCAGACACGAGUCAUUAUGAUGUCUGCAGGCGAUUGUCAGGCUGGGACCCCCCCCUGUGAAACUGAACCACCAGGGUUAGAGACGUUAAGAUUUCCUUCAGAAGACAUUAACUCCUGUAUCAAUCCCCUACACGAGUCACUCAACUGUCAUAAUAUCCAUGUGUGCUGCGUCUCCUGCGCUUGUUGUUGAUUCUGCAGCGUUUCUCACCUCCUGUCCGUAGCUGUUUUCUCCACAGUAAGUUCCCUCCCUCACCAGCACUGCGCCACUAACUAGCUCCUCUAAAAGGCUUAGAGUAAACAGGAUUAGAGGGCAUUCAAAAAAAGACCCCCCCCCCCUCUCUCUGAGGGCCAUCUGCCUAUCUUACCUGAGCCAUGAGCUGUCCUCUCUCCGCACCAUGGGACACACCUCUCCAGAAACCAGUAUGCGACUGUAUCGUCAAAUGAUUGCUAGCAUUGGGCUUCUGGGAUUUUUGUUUUUUUCCCACGUCUGGAGAUUUCCGAACUAUGCAAACUUGUAAGAAGCUGUUCACAUCACUGUUGCACGACUUGUGGGGAAGUAAAAGUUUUCUUGAUCCCUUUUCUACGGAUUUAAACACAACCACGGAUUUAAUAUGAGUUUCAUGUCGUGGAAAUGUGUUUUCUAUCCCGUUGCAUUCAGUUUUCUCGUCAUAUUUUUGGACAUAAGGACAGGUGCAACACUGGAAGGUUCCUCUAUGGGACAACUCAGUCUGCCUUACAGUCAGGAGCCGGUGGCGUUUCCACACAUCGUUCGAGUAUCCGAUGCGAAGGCUUCACACGAAGGCCACGUGGUCGUCUCUCGAAAGAAGAGGAACAUCCUUUUCCGGAGCGGAGUCAAACUGUGCGCGCAGGAGACAGCGCAGCAGGUUGUUUCAAACCACCUGAGCUACUUUCAUCUGAGAGUGUGCCAGGAGACCAUAUGGGAGGCUUUCAAGAUCUUCUGGGACCGACUCCCCGAGCAAGAGGAGUACCAAAGCUGGAUGAGCCAGUGCCAGGAAGGCACAGUCACGGCACAAGAUGUUGGCAGCUACUUCAGCCAGUCCGAGGAGCACGAGACUCUGGUCAAAAAGAGAAUGUCACGGCCUGGUGUGAAAAGUGAACCCACCAAGUCCUGGCAAAAUAUGUGCAGCACUCCGGCACCAGACACAUCAGAAGCUCCUCAGCCAGCUAAGGGAGAGGAGGAGGUGGUGGUAGAUGCAGUCACCAUCGCCCCAGAUGUGACGGAGAGUACGCUGGACAAUGACAUCGUCGUGCAGCCUCCCACGCCCGCCAUGCUGGAGCAGGUGGUGGAGCUCAGCAUCCUCCUGACCAGACAGGCGUACAGCAGCGACCUCAAGGAUCCAGCCAGCCUCCAGUUCCAGAUGCUCAGUCGACAGCUGGCAGAGAAGAUCGCAGAGGCUCUGGAGGGUCUUCCUGGGUUUAAGAGUGUGUCAGUGAUGGACUUCAGGCCUCAGAAGGACAGCCAAGGGUUGGAUGGCGUGGUGGUGGACUACGCCGUCACCGUGGCCGUGGAUGCAGCGGGUGUGAGCAACGAACAGCUGGACUACCUGACCCUGCAGUCGAACCGGGUGGAGAACUCGUACCAGGAGGUCAAGGAGCGGCCGACAGUGGUGCACACCAUCAGCGAGGUCAAGAACUUUGUCACUGAGGCUCUGCAAAACAACGAGCUGGAGGCUGUGUCUGAAAUCCCAGAGUCUGUCAGCGCUGCAGACGGAGCCAUGGCGGUUGUUGUGGACGAGCCGCAGGAGAUCACGAUCCUGGAAGAGGACGUCGAAGAUGUCGACCUGCCCGAGCCCUCAGAGACCGUCACAGCAUCAACGGCAGUAAACGAUGUUAUUGUUCUGGAGGAGAGCACUGUUGUGUCUGCGGCUCCUGUCCUGGUCACCAGUGCACCUGAAACUGACAGCAUGGAGGAGGAGGGUCUGCUGCUGGAGGACACUGUGCAGACUCCUGCUGUAGAGAACCCCCCACCAGAGGAGCUACCGGCUGAACUUCCCUCCACUGAGCUGCCAGAGGACGUCACGCUGCCUGAACCGCCGAUGGAGAUCGAGGCCUCGGGCUCUGACCUGGAGGACUUGCUGUGGCCGACCCCAGCCUUAGAGGACGUGGAGAUUCCAGAGGAGACGGAGAGUUCCACAAUUGUGACCGAAACCACGGAAGAAGAAAGUCUGCCUGCUCUCGUCCCGCCUCCUGAGGCUGUAGAUGUAGCAGGUGAAGCAGCAGAACCAGAAUCAGCAGAAACUGGCCUGUUUUCUGUGGACGGAGAGUCGGUGGAGGUGAUAACCGAAUCUGUAACUGUUGAGGAAUCUGUAAUUGAAGAUCACGGUUUGGAGGAGGCAGCAGCAGAGAGCGAAGGACAAGAGGUGAAGGUGGACUUGGAAACACUUGAAGCUCCGGUUGUAGAGAACGAGGCCACAGGAGCUCCCUCAAUUUCAACAGAAGAUCUCACAGAGGACGAGGUUUUACUGGUGAACAUCGAUGAAGAAGAACCACCUGGGACAGAUUCUUUGAAUCCUGCCCAACCAACCGCCCUUUCUCCGGAGAAGGAGUCGCCUUUCACCCGUGUCUCUGACGUGAACCCUGCCUCUGAGGGGCUACCUGACAUCUUCAUCCCUUCACUGGUGGAGAUCCAGACCUCUAUCGAAGGCUUGGAUGAUGCCACCAUUGGAGACCCGGGCUUCGACGUGGUUCAUUACGGUUAUGGUUUGAUUAACCACACGGAGGAGGGCAGCACUGGAUUCCCGUUCGGUGUGGCACACGGCACCGACCAGGUCAGCAUCGCCAUGCCUGCGAACCCUGGACGAGCACUGAUGGUGUUCUUCAGCCUGAGGGUGACCAACAUGAUCUUCUCCGACGAUCUCUUCAACAAGAGCUCGCCAGAGUACAAAGCUUUGGAGCAACGCUUUCUAGAGCUGCUCGUGCCCUACCUGCAGUCCAACCUGAGUAACUUUGAGAACCUGGAGAUCCUGAACUUCAGGAACGGAAGCAUUGUGGUGAACAGCCGGAUGAAAUUUGGUAAACCUGUGGCUCAGGCCGUCACCAGCUCCGUCUACCUGAUCCUGGAAGACUUCUGUAACACAGCCUACCAGACCAUGAACCUGGCCAUUGAUAAGUACUCUCUGGAUGUCGAGUCAGGUGACCAGGCUGACCCCUGUAAGUUCCAGGCCUGUAACGAGUAUGCAGAGUGUAAGGUGAACAAGUGGUCGGGGGAGGCGGAGUGUGUCUGUAACGCCGGCUACUUCAGCGUGGACGACCUGCCCUGUCAGAGCAUCUGCGAUCUGCAGACUGACUUCUGCCUCAAUGACGGAAAGUGUGACAUCAUUCCCGGCCAGGGAGCCAUCUGCAGGUGUCGUGUCGGGGAGAACUGGUGGUACCGAGGAGAGCACUGUGAGGAGUAUGUGUCCGAGCCGCUGGUGGUUGGCAUAGCGAUCGCCUCUGUAGCCGGUUUCUUAUUGGUGGCCUCCGGAGUGAUCUUUUUCCUCGCCAGGACGUUACGGGAUCAGUACGACAAGGAUGAGUCAGAGGAUCCCAUAAGGGGAGCAGAGAGUCUCCCGUCUUUGGAGAGGGCGACCAAGUACAAUCCCAUGUAUGAGAGUGAGGCGACCACAGGCUAUAGCCACUACUACCGCCGCUAUCCUGAAUUUCCACUGAACAGCAGCGCCAGUGGUGAGGCCUCCACGGACUUCAGCAGCGAGGAGAUACGACACAUCUACGAGAACAGUGAAUUAACCAAGGAGGAAAUCCAAGACAGGAUACGCAUCAUCGAGCUCUACGCUAAGGACCGGCAGUUUGCAGACUUUGUACGGCAGCAUCAAGCGGUCAUGGAUACCUCCAGAGAGGGCCCCGCUGCACAGACUUGAAACUUUGCUGUCAACAACAAGAAGCAACAUGCCUCGGUGUGACGUGAAGCUCUCUGUUACUUUCUUCUUCUUGGCCGUGGUUUUCGGAGCCUGGACCUCGCUGUUUAAAAGGACUGACAUUCAGUACACAAUGAUUCUCCUAAUGACGGGCCCCUGUCUGUGCGUCGGUCCCUGCCUGUGUGGGCAGAGCUGCUGACUCUUCUUCCUCGGUGCCUUCCUCUCCUGACUUGAGCUGUGACAUCAAGGAUCUGUGUUUUUUUUUCUGCUGCUCAUCCACAGGACCAUCUUCCUUUGGGUCAGACCGGACCGCAUCCUAUUACUUGAAAGGUUCACAGACACAAAUGAAAUACUGUGUAGUACUUUUGCUUAGGGGCUUUUUGUUUCAUCAUAUUCUAUUUGUCCAUUCUUAAAAAGGGAAGAUUGUAAAAUUGUAAAUAUGUAUAUAGUGUUUGCUAGUUAAUAGGAUAUUAUUGAAUAAGAGUUUGUGUCUCUAUAAGGCUCAAAUGGGCUCUUUAGGUCUUCCUCAGAGAGAUGCAGAGAAAGUUGCUGCUUUUUAGUCAAUGGUGCUAUCUUCAUGUAAAAAUACUCUUUGAAAGGUAGUGAUUUAUAAUAACUAAGCUUUACAAUUUAAAAGCAACACCAAAGGAUCAAGACUGUAUAUUAGAUUUGUAUUAUUUUGAUAUUUUGGGAAAUAUGAGUAUAUAUGAGUAUUUUUGGAAGAAACUUAAACCGCUUUCAGACAUUAAGUCCGGAAAAUGUCUGGAAAAUUGGGCCCGGACAAUAUCCAGAGUUUGUCUUUCACGUAUGAAGAAUGCGUAAUAAUAUUAAAAAAUCCGCAUUUACGUUUUUGCUAGAAAUCAGACAAGUAUAUUUCCCAAAACGUUUAACUAUAAGGUGGACAGAUUUAGUGUUAGCAUUUGUGUCACACCAUUCAUCAAUGUAAAAGCAGUCUUAACUAUAAAUGCAAAGUUAUUUCCAGCUAGUUUUCGACCGGCAGAUGAUUUUCCUGCCUCUUUAAGGGCCUCAUCAGUCAGAAGCUUCGGUGUUAUGUUUGUAAAGGUAUAGCGUUGCAGACAUGAGAAAAUGAAAACAGUGGUGAGGCGAGAAAGACGGAGCAUGAACCCUCUAUAGCGCUGGGAUCCAGGAAUAAGUGAAAACACAUUUCACUGGAAAAAUGCUCCGGGGCAAGCGGCCCAGGGAUUUGAUCAAAUGGUCUGCUUUCAGAUCUCAUAUGUAAUGCAAGUGAAAGAAUAGGAAAAGCAAGCUUAUAAAUAACAUGUGUGCUUUAGAGAGACAACCUCAAGCUGCGGCUCAUGUUGAAAAAAUCGUCAAGGUUACCAGCAAUUCUUGGUAAAGAAUGAUCUGCCUACCAGUUUGGCCAUUAUCCUGCUCCUCAAUGUGAAACCUUCUGACAGAAUAAUUCCAGUGUUUUUCUUUGGUAUUUUCAUACGUUCCUCCCUGGACUUGUUGUGCUUGACCCCUCUCGUCCCCCGAGUGGAUCCUCACAGCUGCAGCGGAUUACCAUCUGAAGGUUAUUUCGUUUGUUCUCAUCCAGUGUGACCGUCAGUUCUGUUCGGAGGUCCGAUCGACACGUAGAUCACGUCCUAGCUUCUUGUUUACAUUACAUGCUUCUCGUCCCUUUGCUGUCCCUUCAGACACGAGCGAUAAACACUGGCGACGCAGACUCUUGUGACAGUGUCAUGCCUUUCGCAAUCUGCAUCUUCCAUGUCAUUUUUAUAUACAUGUACAUGCUUUUUGUGUGUCUGCACACAGUUCAACACCCUCUAACUGCCACAGACAGCCAAUCAUCCCACUCCAUCUUCUGUCAUGUACAUAACAGUGAAUAUAAUGUAUUGUUGCAUUGUAGGCUGUAAAUCAUGUGUCUCAAUUGUUUCAAUAUAUCAACAUAUUCUUUUUAUACUAUUUCACCACUUUAACAAUGUUACCAUACUG